AGGCUGCCAGCGGCGAGCCCUGCCUUCCAGGAGUCACUCCUCGUGUAGCUGCCUCGCACACUGCCGGAGCCGGUGUGUGCGACCAGCUGAAUAUGGGGGACGUGAUGUUGCGUUACUUCGAAUGUAAAGUUAUGAAAGAGACUGUGGCUUCCAGCUUUGUCUCUCUUUCUCUCCCUCCCUCGGAAGCCCCCCGUCAACGGCCAUAUGAGUGAGUUUAGAACUGCAUCCUCCAGCCGCCAGCCAAGGCUUCCGAUGACUGCGGCCCAGCGCAGACACCCCACACCAACAGCUAAACUGCUCUCAGGUUCCUGGUCGACAGAAACUGUAAGAGUUAAAAUCUGAAGUAAUUCCAGAAUCCUCCAGUUACCACAUACAUGCAGCAAUCACCUGUGUCAGCUCCUGCUCACCUGGCCAUUCAGCAAAAGUAGCAAGGUAUGCAGAGAGCACAGCAAGAUUGACUACGCCACACAGCGGUGCUUAUACAUGAAAAAAGACCAUCAAGAAUCAUAUUAUCAAGUUAAUUUUCCUCAGUCUGUGGAAGUGAUCAGGUCAUGAACCUCAGCUGCUCCCUGUGGCAGGACAACAGCCUGUCUGUCAAGCACUUUGUAUUUGCCAAGUUCUCGGAGGUCACUGAACAAUGUUUCCUUUUAUUCACCCUCGUCCUACUCAUGUUUUUAGCAUCCCUCAUGGGUAAUGCCCUCAUAGCCCUUGCCAUCUGGACCAACCCCGUCCUCCAUAUGCCCAUGUACUUCUUCCUGACCAACCUGUCUCUCUUAGAGAUUGGCUACACGUGCUCGGUCAUACCCAGGAUGCUGCAGAGCCUCGUGAGUGAGGCCCGGGGCAUCUCCCGGGAGGGGUGUGCUACGCAGAUGUUUUUCUUCACAUUUUUUGGUAUCAGCGAGUGCUGUCUUUUGGCAGCCAUGGCUUUUGACCGCUACAUGGCCAUAUGCUCCCCACUCCACUAUGCAACGCGAAUGAGCCGGGGGGUGUGCGCCCAGCUGGCAGUUGCUUCCUGGGGAGUGGGUUGCAUGGUAGGCUUGGGCCAGACCAACUACAUUUUCUCCUUGAACUUCUGCGGCCCCUGUGAAAUAGACCACUUCUUCUGUGACCUCCCCCCUAUCCUGGCUCUUGCCUGUGGUGAUACAUCCCAUAACGAGGCCGCCGUCUUUGUUGCGGCCAUUCUUUGCAUUUCCAGUCCGUUUCUACUAAUCAUUGCUUCCUAUGGCAGAAUCCUGGCUGCCGUGCUGAUCAUGCCCUCCCCUGAAGGCCGCCAUAAAGCUCUUUCCACCUGUUCUUCCCACCUGCUUGUCGUGACGCUCUUCUAUGGCUCCGGGUCUGUCACCUACUUGAGACCCAAGGCCAGCCAUUCACCAGGAACAGAUAAACUCCUAGCUCUGUUCUACACCGUGGUGACGUCCAUGCUCAAUCCCAUCAUCUACAGUUUACGGAACAAGGAGGUCAAGGCAGCUCUCCAGAGAACCCUGGGUAAGAGAAAGGUUCUGACUCUGACUGGGUAGAUACCAGAGGACCAGGAAAAUCUGUUCUUUGAAAAAAUGCACACACAACCCAAGAGUAAAGAAAGAAACAAAGUGAAGGCUCUCUGCAACCUAUUUUGUAAGGACCUUCUUUAACGAUGGUAGAGUAAUUUUGGAGACACCUCUGUACUCUCAGUCAAACUUCUGAUCGCCAGAUUCCGGAAGGGAGUUGGCUACCAAAGCAUCUCAAUAGGUGAGUCCAACACUAGACAGUUUUACAAAAAACGCCCAUCUGGGCUUGCUGAACAGAUUCUAGUUUAUAUCUCAGAAAUCCAGACAAUUCUCGUUCUGUACUUUUAGGCAUUUUCUAGCCCUUCCGACUCUGCCCUGGUCUCUGGUCCCACGUGACUCUCAAUUCCCUAAAACUCCAUGAAGCACAUUAUUUCCUUCCACAAAAAAUACUUAAAACAUUUCAACCUUAAUUGUUACAUGAUAUAGAAUUAAUUCUUUCUGUGAGUCGCAUGUACUAUAAAAAUAC